AUGAGCAACACUCACUUCCAACAACAAGUCGGAAUCAAAGCAGGACAAGCCGACUUUUCUUCAUCAUCCACCACCUCAUCUUCUUCCUCAUCGACAUCUUUUCGGUUCUUGCUUAUAUCAGGAGCUUUACUUGGAUUUUCGAUCGUUUUUAGAUAUGUAAAUCGACAAUUGGAGAGUCCCAAUAGUGCGAGCUUCUUCGGAGAUGUCGUCACCGUUUUCUCUUCAUUUCUGUUUACAGUCUUGCUUAUAUUGUUUUCAGCAUGUAUUUUGAUGUGCUCGAUAUUAUUUUUGCUAUUAUUCCGUAAAGGAAAACCCACUCAUAUUCAAUCACCAACUCAAGGAAUUGAUAUUACUGGAAGCAAAGUAAUUGUUAGUGAAAAAGCAAUUAGUGAUAUUAAUGACGAGAGCGUUUUCUUUGUAAGAGAGCAAGAAAGCGACGAAAGUGACUGCAAAUGGAUGAAUAUUAUUCUCAACAGGGUACUUCAACAAUAUUUUUAUAAGAAUGCUUCGAAGAUUAAGAAGCAAAUACUACAAAAAGUUUCCGAAGAACUAAAAUUACCUGAUUUUAUUGGAGAUCUUCAAUUUAAGGAUUUGAAUUUUGGAUCAAAGUCUCCAUACUUUAAAUCAAUUUCAGCGAAAGAGGACAGAAAUGGAUUGCAAGUGGACGUUGGUAUUGUUUAUGACGAUCCAAAAACAAAAAUUCACAUUGGAACAGAGAUAUGGCUCAAUUAUCCUGUAAAAAGAUUUGCAUCAUUCCCUGUCCAGUUUAGCAUUGAGAAUAUUUUUCUGGACGCCAAGAUGCGAGUCAUUAUUUCUCCUGAUUUUAAGACACUCAAAUUUUGUUUCCUCAGGCAGCCAAACUUUGAUUUAAUCUUCUCUAAUGAAUUUGGGCAUCAUGCAACUCUUCAAAACGUUCCUUUACUUACUGAUGUUAUCAAUCGCCAAAUUUAUCUGUUCUUGAGUGAAUCCCUAGUUGCACCAAAUUUUAUUGAGCUUGCGAUCCCUGAACCAACACCAGAAAAGAAGACAAGAAAAUCAGAACAGACUGUUGAAGAAGCAAAUGAAAGUGACAAUGAACAAUAUUCUGACGAUGAUAUUGAAAGUGAUAAAACUUCCUCAGAGGAAGAACCAAGUGCUUUCGAAACCGAUCAGGAAUCAAACCAAAAGCAAAGAAUAACUAACAGAAAGGCCAACAAGCAAACUAGAUUGAGGGUGUCCCAAAAGAAAUAA